GCGUCAUUUGUCGUCACCCUUCGUGCCAAAACAACUUCUUUCCAGACAAGGAUCAAAAUGGCAGGAACAGCUUUAAAAAGACUUAUGGCUGAAUACAAACAACUUACCCUCAAUCCUCCGGAAGGCAUAGUUGCAGGGCCUGUAAAUGAGGAGAACUUUUUUGAAUGGGAGGCUUUUAUAAUGGGACCAGAGGACACGUGUUUCGAGGGUGGCGUGUUUCCUGCCAUCCUCAGUUUCCCGUCAGAUUAUCCCCUCAGCCCUCCUAAAAUGAAGUUCACCUGCGACAUGUUUCAUCCUAACAUCUACCCAGAUGGCCGUGUGUGUAUCUCUAUCCUCCACGCUCCUGGCGAUGACCCCAUGGGAUACGAGAGCAGUGCAGAGAGAUGGAGUCCCGUUCAGAGCGUGGAGAAGAUCCUGCUGUCUGUGGUCAGCAUGCUCGCUGAGCCGAACGACGAGAGCGGAGCAAACGUGGACGCUUCCAAGAUGUGGCGCGAGGACCAAGAGCAGUUCAACCGGCUGGCCAAGCAGAUCGUACGCAAAUCUCUGGGUCUCUGACUCUCCCGCACACAGACACGAGCACACAUGCACGCACACACUCCGGGACAGCGAGGAUUGACGUUUACGAGGACACGCGCUCUCGACAGAAGAGCAGAGUUUCGUGCUGAGUCUUGUAGUGUACUACCCCCCUACAUCCACCAGUGUGAGCACUUUACUCCCAUCCAAACUUUCCUCCUCUCUUCUCCGCUGUCAUCGGCUGGAUGAGCAGACGGACGCUUUGAAGAAUGCAAAACAUUACACAUCGGCCGGACAAUGUUCUUGUAGAGAAUCAAGAAUCAAUCGCAGAAUAAGUACAGGAGACAUCGAUUCGCAGCCGUUCCGGACUGUUUAUCUGUGUUGCCUGUCCAUACAUCCAUGAGAUAACCAAUGGAAUGCGGCUUUUGGUUUGAUAACAGUAUGCUGAUGCAUGCUUCAAUGCCUCUUUUUAAUAAAACACUUCGUAAGGAAAAUCACAUAGAGCGAGCGUGACUCCAUCAGAUCUGUUUGUUUGUUUAUAUAGGCUAGAGAUUAUAUUACUGAUGUUUCGGGAAUCAUGAUAAAGUCUGUGGAUGCAAACAUUUUAAUUAUAUUUGAUAUGAAACACUGUUUGAAUUCGAUAAAUCGGGGUAUUGUUUUUAAACCCACUCCUGUCAUUCGUUCAAAUUUCAAGCUAGAAAAAAAGACGAUUUACGGUUCGAUUUACAGUUUAUUUGGUCAUUUGUAUCGUUUUUCAUCUGUUCUUAAGGUUUGUUCAGUGAUACCAAUAAAAAAAGAAAUGU